AUGCACUCUGAUGUGCCAUUUCUUCCGCUUCUGUUCGUUCCUCCCCCCCCAUUGCUUUGGACACCCUCUGCCUUCCUCGCUUUCAAGGUGGUCUUGGCAUCCUCAACCCGAUUACACAGCAAUGCGCUCUUCAGCUUCAUGGCUUCUCUCCUUCGCACUGAGAAUACGGAUUGUGAUCCCCUUCUACUUUGGAUCUUCCCAGACUCUAGACCUCGCACCCAUCGCUCACUGGAUUCGCCUCUUCAUCUUGUCCUGAAGGCCAUGGACCACCUCCCACACAAGUUUGACGACAUCUUCACGAAUCUAUCCACAUGCCUUAUGUUGCCCUUGUCUGCCAUGGUUAAUAGCCCUCCCUCUCAUCCGCCCUACCGACAAUCUUGGCGAGACCUGAAGGUUAACCACCUAUACCAAAUUGAUCAUAAUUUGGACGUCCUGAUGCCCAUUGCCCCUGCUAGACCUCUUCCUCGAUUUAUCACUCUUAAUCAUAUCCUACAAAGACUUCUCGACCAUUCACUUGUGGCUCACCCUAUCCUUUUCAGAGCUUAUGGGUCCCCCUUUGACUUUGAUCCCUUCAUCUCUGCUCUGGUCUUCGGCAAACCUUGGUCACGCUUGUCCACGCGCUCUUAUUGGCUGACCUGUUCUCAUCAUCAUGCUAAUGCUCAACCACUUAGCCCCCAUCUUAGCCCUCGCCAACUGCACUCUUUCUGGUCUUUCACACUUCCUCACCAGGCCCGUAAUGUUUGGUUUCGCGGCUUACACAACAAACUAUCUUGCCGAGCUCUUCUGCACCACAUUAUGCCCUUCACUGUUCCUUCACCUCUCUGCAAUAUCUGCCAGAUGUCAAUCGAGAUGCAAGAGCAUUUUCUUCUUUCUUGUCCUUUGAAAUCUGCGGUGUGGUUAGGCAUUUGGUUAGAAUUUCUCAGCACUGUCCCACCACCUUCUGCACUUUCCUUGGCAUUCACAUCCUUUCUCUUCCCUCCCACGCUGAACCCUAGUAUUCCAGCCGCCUUGGUUUUCGGACUGACCAUCCUUGCUAUCUGGGACUACCAUUGGACACUCCACUUUAACUCUGCUCCUUUUUUACCUUUCUUGGUUCUUGCCACUGCUAGGAAAUCAAUCUCCCGCAUCUGCUCAGAGCACGAGCUUGACUCCGCUGACUCUUCCCUCGCAUAA